AUGGCCGUCGCCGACGAGGGAGACGCCGCCGGGGAUGAGGGCAUGGCGGUGCCGCCGGCCAGAGCCAUCCAGCUCGUCCCUCGCUGCGUCUCCGAUGGGCUCCUUAUGAAGUUCUCCGACGUGCCGGAGCUCGGGUUCGAGUACGAGAAGAGCGGGCUCUGGUCGCCGCCACCGCCGCGCGCCGCCUUCCUCAGCCCCUCCGGCAGGAUACGCACCAGCGGCACCGCCCGUCCCCGGAGAAGGAAGGGUUGGUUCUUCUGCUUCCUCCUAUCUUCUCUGUGACCAGGCUGACGGCAGCUCGCCGGCGGUGAUCCCUCUGUGGAAAAUUCCUUCCAAGGGGAAGAAGCUCGUCGGCUUCUUUACCCUUCUCCUCAGCUCCUCUCCUUUCGUUUCCCAUGAGUCCCUCGAGAUCUUCAGACGAUGUAGACCCGCUGAAAAUAGCAGAGGAGGAGUCGAAGCUCGGAGAACCCAUUGAUCGUUUCCUCAUUUGGCAAAGAAUUUGCAGCUUAUUUCGGCAAUCUUCGGGGUAAGACUCUCAGAGCAUAGCCCCCCUCGUUCAUUAAGAUCUUACGAAGAAAGUACAAGGAACUAGAGAUGAUUGACGUGCAGAGCCCGGAGUCUCUCCAGGCACAUCAGUAGAACAAGGAGAUGCAUGGCCAAAGGAUAGAUGCCGGCGGCGGCGUGAAUUUACUGGUUCCGGGUGAUUCCGAAAUGGGCUCUCGUUGAUGCGCCAUUAGGAGUAUCAAAAUGGGAUAUUUAUGGGUCAAUGUUCUUAGUCAACCUACUGGUCAACGUUGGUCAGCUGUCCCUUGCUGGGUAGUUCUAACGAAGGGCUUGAUCGGUAUAAUCUGA